UCCAUCCUUUGACACAGGAGGAUAGGAGAGAAGAGAGCUAGAAAUGGAGAAAUCUCCUCCUCUUUCUCUGGACCUGGGAGGAGCCACAGAGAAGCAAGCCAAAGCACCAGCCUUCCUGCAGGCAGCGCUCCACUCGGUGAAAAAGCCGCCGGCGAAGCCGUGGAAGAGGACCGACCGUCCGGUGCCGCCCAAGGUCUACCGAGUCGACCCCCGAGGCUUCCGCCAGCUUGUGCAGAUGCUCACCGGUGCACCACCGCCCACCCCUCGCCCUCUCAGGAGCACGGCACGACCACCUCCGCCCCUCGACUUGGCCCCAAGAACUCCGCUGCCUCCGCCGCAGCCUAUGUUUGAUAAUAAUAACUAUUUUUCGACAGCGGCCAUGCAGCCAGUGGAGCAGAAGGCUGUUUCCGGUUACCAGUCUCCGACAGGGCUGGGAGGGCUCUUCUCGCCAUCGUUGUAUACAUCGUGGUGUUCUUUUCCUCUACUGAGCCCGGGAUCCAUUGCGACGCUGGAGCAGAGCAGUGGCGCUGUGCUUUGAGUAUUGGAGACUUGGUUUCUUUUCGGCGCUGUUAGUCCAAGUGGCUUUGCCUCCGUUUAAUUGUGCUAUUUCUUUCGUUAUCUCACUCUCACCCUUCCUUCUUCGUUUGAAAUGGUGCAAUUUGUUGCAGGGAUGAAAUAAAAUAGAAUGUCCAUGGACUCUUAUUGAUGCUCAA